AUGCGAUCAUUCACCAAUCUUGCUGCCCUUGCACUUCUACCUGCAGCCGCCUACGCUGCAACAUUUGACGUUGUAGUCGGUGGCCCUGGAAUACUGAAGUACAACCCCGAGUUUGUUACUGCUGCCCAAGGGGACGUCGUUCGCUUCAUUUUCAAGCAGAAAAAUCAUACUGCAACCCAAUCCACUUUUGCAAAUCCGUGCCAGCCUGCUACGGGUGGCUUUGAUUCAGGAUUUGUCCCCGUCGCCGACUCAGUUGUCGAUGGCUUCCCGGUAGCAGAACUCACUAUUCAGAACACUGACCCCACAUGGGUGUACUGCAAACAAGGCAACCAUUGCCAACAGGGAAUGGUGUUCGCCGUCAACCCAGGAGACAGGUUCUCUGCCUUCCAGUCUGCUGCCACGGGUGGCGCAGCUUCUACGCCUCCCACUUCGUCUUCAGCAGCACCCUCCGGGUUCGUCACUGUCACUGCGACCGUCACCGUUCCGGCACCCUCUGCCUCGUCUACAUCCACGGCCAAUGACCAUCGUGUCAUCGUUGGCGGCACCGGUCGUCUAUUCUACGAGCCUGCAAACAUCACCGCUCAAGUUGGCGACACAGUUACCUUUGAGUUCCGCCAGAAGAACCACACUGUGACCGCCAGUUCCUUCGCCCAGCCCUGCUCCCCGCUUUCGCAGACCACUACGACUGGGGAAGUUGGCUUUGAUUCGGGAUUCAUCCCUGUUGCAGACAACGCCACUACGUUCAGCACCUGGACGAUCCGAGUCAACGACACGAAGCCAAUUUGGGCUUACUGCCGCCAGGGCAACCAUUGCUCUCAAGGAAUGGUGUUCUCUGUCAACGCCGUCGAGUCUGGACCCAACAACUUCGCUGCCUUCCAAGCCAAAGCGAAAGGUCAGACUGCGGCUGGCAAUGGCGCAAUCUCUUUGGGUUCGAACAAAGUUCGCGGUGCAGGCAUCGCAACAGCAUUGGUCGCUCUCAUUGCUGGCGUCUUGCUGUAA